AAAAAUCUUGUAAAUUAUUAGAGUAUAUUUGUAACGCAUCAGUUCAUUUUUAUUUCAAUACAUAAAUACGUAGACGUCAUAAUUAAGAAACUGUUAAUAGAGAAUGAGGAUUUUUAACUAUUUUUGUAGUAAAUUGAAAGAUUUUUCGAAUUUGCCUUUGGAAUAUGUAGAAAGGGCACAAAGACAAAUAUACUGGAAAACUCCAAAAUACAGAGCAAAUUAUUUACCACGCACCAUUGAACGUAAAAAGUUCCGUUAUACUACAAACCGUCCAUGGACAGCUCAAUUCAAACAACAAAAUAUGGCAGGAACCCAUAGAAAAAAAGUUUUUAUUGAACCAAUACAGGAAUGGAGCUAUUUUCGAGGAGAUAGGGUUGAAGUUUUGGUUGGUAAAGAUGCUGGGAAACAAGGAAUUAUUAGUCAAGUAAUACCUGAAAGAAAUUGGGUAAUUGUAGAUGGAUUAAACUGCCAUCUGAGGAAGGUUGGCGCAGAAAAAAAUUAUCCUGGUAUUACAAUAAAAUCAGAAGCCCCUCUAUUAGUCACGUGUCAGAUUUCUUUGGUUGAUCCAGCUGACUUGCAAAAAACAGAUUUCGAAUGGCGUUAUACUGAAGAGGGUGAAAAAGUGCGAGUAUCGAAGCGUAGUGGGCGGAUAAUUCCCAUACCAAGUUCUAAUGAAGAGACGUACGACUACAAAACUAAAAGUGCGUACGUAGAGAGGGACAAGGACACAGCUUCAGCGACUGUAUCAGAAAUAACUUUUCAACCAAAAUUAAGAACCUUUGAGAUGGAUUUAAUGAACGAAUAUAAUAUUGAAGAUAACUCAACACCAAAAAAAACAUACUGGUAUUAAAUCAGUUAUUAUUUAAUAAAUUUUUAGUAGCUAAAA